AUGGGCACAGCUGUGGAUGCUUCAGCAGCUGUGGCUGAGGAGGUCACUGAGAAUAUGCUGGGUGGCAAGAAAAUUACUGUUGUAUUCGUUCUAGGUGGUCCUGGAAGUGGAAAGGGCACACAGUGUAUCAAUAUAGUGGAACACUUUGGAUUCACCCAUCUUAGUGCCGGAGAUCUUUUGCGUGCAGAGAUCAAAUCUGGCUCGGAGAAUGGAACCAUGAUUGACAACAUGAUAAAGGAGGGAAAGAUUGUUCCAUCAGAAGUAACCAUAAAGCUGUUGAAGGAGGCCAUGAUAAAAAGUGAAAAUGACAAAUUUCUGAUUGAUGGAUUUCCAAGGAACGAAGAGAAUCGUGCUGCAUUCGAGAAUGUUACAAAAAUUUCUCCUGCGUUUGUUCUAUUCUUUGAUUGUGCUGAGGAAGAGAUGGAAAGACGUCUUCUGGGGCGCAAUCAGGGAAGAGUUGAUGAUAACAUUGAAACUAUCAGGAAAAGGUUCAAAGUUUUUCUUGAAUCUAGUUUGCCUGUCAUUGAGUACUAUAGCUCAAAGGACAAGGUUAAAAAGAUUGAUGCGGCAAAACCAAUUCCUGAGGUCUUUGAAGACGUGAAGGCCAUUUUUGCCCCAUAUGCUCCAAAGGUUGGCUGCCCAACUGAUGACAGGAAAUUUGGUAGGAUAUUUAUGUUCUACAUUGCAACCCCAUAG